ACUGAAAAACCCAUUUUAUUUUGCAGUGAAAUCAGCAAUGUUUACCUCAACGUGCUCUUCAUGCAAUCUCUUGUGUUUCAAGGCGAUUCUUCUCAGUGCGUGGUUCACUUGAAUUUUACUGCCCUGUGAUAAUAGAUUUAGGGAAUUUUAAAUUGAAAUGCGGUUUAGCUUUCGGUCGCAAAACAUGACUUUGAUUACUCAGAAACGACUGAUCUUGCUUCUCGGCCUCGUAUAUUCAAUCGCAUUGUUCUGCCUGUUCACGCAAUCAAAAUUUAAACCUUUGAUCAAACCGUACAUUUUUGAGGACCUCGAGUGCGUUUUGCGGAAAACAAAUGAAUCCACAACAGCGAUGAGUCGCGCAAAAGGAAGCAACAGCGCUCCGAAAAUGUCGGUGGACGAUGUUGAAGAAAAUGCGAUGUUUUACAAUUCAAUCCCGAAGACUGGAAGUUUGGGCCUGUCGUAUUCGUUCCAAGAACUGUCCCGAGAAAACCAAUUCACACUUCUCGAUCCGCCGAUCCUACAAAAUGGAAGGGCCACUUUGGAAGAACAGCAACGAUUAGCCGCAGAAUUAUUCUGCUCCGCUGGAUCAGUCGCCUGAAAACUGCAUUGAAAGUUAUCAGUCUUGGAUGAAUUGUACUUCAUACGACUUCAAUAAGCAACCGAACUUCGGUUUCGUCGCAUACUUUUGUGGACAGGAACCUUAUUGCUGGAUACGCAAUAGCAAGAAGGCACUCAGAAAAGCACAGGAAAACAUUGAAAAAUUUUACCCAGUCGUCGGUGUUUUGGAAAAAUGGAACGAAACUUUGACUGUGAUGGGAGAGUUCCCCAAAACAAGGCCGUUCUUCAAAGGGAUCAAAAAUAUUUACUACAGCCAAGCAAGGAAGGAAGGGAAGGGAGGCAGGAUCAACCACAACGAUUCCAACAAACCCAAACACGGAAUCACACCGAAGGUUAAAGAAGCCCUGGAGAAAAUGCUCAGCUCUGAGUACACCCUGUACAAGUUCUUGGUGCAACGACUGAUGGAUCAGUAUGCAGCUCUUACUGUAGCCAACAAUUUUUCUUCACCCUGAAAAAUACAUAUUUUUGAGCAAUGAGUAUGCUUGGAGCUGAAUCAGUUCCUUGAUGAUCAUCAAGAUUUGCUAAAAAUGGGUUUUAAUUUUCCAGGAUGUCUGUAUUGCAUAUUGCAAUGUUGGGUUCUGGCGAUGUUUCUUGCAUGUAAAUGUGAGUCAGAAAUAUGAAUACUCUAUUAAAGACAUUGCUUUUUGAGA